UCAAUGUUAAUUAAUUGUUUAUUAUUUAUACUUGAUUUAUACAAUUAACAGUAUAAUAUAAAAUGGCCGAAAUUUGGAACCUAAACACGUUGUGUCGGUGUUGUCAUGCUGAUGGAAGUUUUAGUAAUUUAAACUCUCCUUGUGAUGUUAUGGGAUCUAAUGAAGUGUGUUCGUAUUUAUUAAAUGAUAUAUUUGGUAUACAGCUACACUCUCCGUCAAUCGAAGUCAGCCAUAUGAUCUGUAAUAAAUGUAUAAAACACUUACAAGAUGGUGCUAUAUUCAAGAAACAGGUUAUGGAAUGUGAACUAAAGUUUCAAGAAUACUGUAAAAAUGAAUUAUUACAAUAUAUGAAUAUAAAAUUAGAAAAAGAUGAAGAGGAUACUAGCUUUGUUGCUAAAACGGAAGUGGUUAUGGAAUAUGAAGAUGAGCAUAUGGCCAAAAAUGUAAUCAGUCCGGAAGAUGAAGAUGGUAAUUUGGACUGUGAAGGUAAAGAAGAGAUAGUAAAUAUUGAAUACGAAGCGCAGGACAAAAUACGCGAUAAAAUUAAGAAUAAAGAAGAAAAAAUUAAAAUUGAGGGCAAACCCAAAAGAGCUCCCGUUAGUUGCAAGGGAAACCCUGACAAAAUUCUAUGUAAAUUAUGCCAGACUGAUUUCACAGAUAGAAAAUCACUGAAAGAACACAAUUUCGAAAAACAUAGUUCUUUAAAAGCGUGCAAUAUAUGUAACAUUAAAUUCAAUACACUCAAAUCAUAUAACAGGCACAUACAUUAUCACUCUAUAGCCGAAGACUCGACGAUUCCACUUGCAAAAAUGAAUAAAUUCGAUUGUAAAAUAUGUAAAAAAAGCUAUCGCAAGAUUAAUAAAUUACUUGAGCACAAUAAUACACACACAAGGGAAAAAAUCUACACAUGUGAUCUGUGCAAAAAGGAAUUUCUGAAGAAGAGCGGAUUGAGAAAUCAUAUCCUCAGGCACACGGGUCGUAUCAAACAAUACAUGUGCGAAACUUGCGGACAUCCCUUCGAUAACGUCACAUAUCUGAACCAGCACGUAAUAACCGUUCACAAAAAGUUGAAACUUUUCAAAUGUACCCUCUGUUCCAAGGUUUUUUCUGCGAAGAAAACGUUAAAAAUUCACACGCGCUUACAUACUGGCGAGAGACCGUACGAAUGCAAUGUGUGCGAUUCUAAAUUUACAUGUUUAAAGAAUUUAAAAUGUCAUCGAAAAAAACACGAAGAAAAUAAUGAAAGUGGGGAUGAAUUCGUUUGUAAGUUUUGCCAGUCCGUUUUCGAUCGUCGCGGCCUCUACUUGAAACACUUGAGGUCACAUAUCUCGGCCAAGGAACGCAAAUGUACGGAAUGUAAUAAAAAUUUCUCAAACACUUUUUCUUUGAAGCGACACAUCGAAACUCAUAUGACCGUAAAAAAGUUUUCCUGCGACAAAUGCGAUAGGAAAUUCGUAUCAGCGCACAAAUUAAAAUAUCACGGAAGAUAUCACGAUACGAAUGGAAUUAAAAAACUGAAAACGAACUGUGAGAUUUGCAAAAGAGCGGUUACUGAUAUAGAAAAACAUAUGAAAACGCAUAAUGAUAGGACGCAUCCAUGCGAUUUCUGCAGUAAUAUUUAUGCAGAUAGAAAUGUUUUGACUAGGCACAUAAAACAGGUCCACCGUGGCGUUCGCUAUGAAUGUGACAUCUGUGAGAAGAAAUUUGUAAAUAUAAUAAGCGUAAGAAAACAUAAGAUGAAGAUUCAUAACUUAGAAGUAAAGACAAAGAAAGAGGAAUAAUAUAACGUAAAUAAAUGUUAUUUACAUUAA